UUUGAUUCUAUUCAUUCAUAGUACGUAACGGCAGGAUCGGCUCCGGACCAUCCUCUACCCCAUCCCAUCCUAUCCCAUCUCCUCACCAUCGAGCCAUACCCAUACCCAUACACUCAUACGCCCCGAGCGGAGAAUAUCCACCAUCACCAGCACCGGGGAACAGCGAGGGAAAAAACACAUCAAAUUCAUAGCGCCGCCGCAUAUCCGAAUCUGCGCCGAUCAGGGAUAAGCACCUUGGGUUUGGAUACGGCUUGGACACGGAGUGGAUAGACACGGAAGGAAGGCAAGGAAGACAGAACAACAAGGUCGGCUCGGCCGGGCACUGCGGACUUAGAACGAGGAACUUCGACUCUGCUGCUUCCUCAUCCCACAUAAGAGACAGAACGAAGGCUUCUAGACGCAGAAUACGCCGUCGUAGCCGCUACAGGAUAGGAAUCGGAAGCGCACGAGAAAGAAGCGCACGAAUCGGCUUACGCACACGCGCACGAAUGGCAGUCGACGGAGACCCCCGCACGAACCCCACGACUCACGAUACUAACAACAAUGACAACACCACAACCACCACCAACUACAACACCGAGACCCCAUCCUUGCCCCCGCCGCUGGAAUGGGACUGGGACAUCGAGCACGCGGACCGCAAACUCGAAAGGCAGGCUGACGCGGCGCUACACGGUGCGACGCCGUUCGAGGUUGAUCGGCGGGUGCUCAAGGACGUCGUGCUGGAGCACAUGCGCGUGCCCGUCGCGCGGAUCGUAUUCCUCAGUGCUGGCACGUUUCACAAGGCCUACCUAAUCACACUGACCACUGGGCGGCAGAUCAUCGCGCGCGUCGCACGCCGGUUCAUGCCGCGGCUGAAGACGGAGUCGGAGAUCGCGACCUUGCGGUAUCUAAGGGAGAACACGAACGUGCCUGUGCCGGAGGUAUUUUGCUACGACUCAAACCCGUACAAUCGUUUGGGCGGCGAAUGGAUUGUCAUGAGCAAGGCUGAAGGCAUCCCGCUGUCACAAGUCUUUCACUCCCUCAGUUACGUGCAGUUGUCGAGGCUAGUGGAAAAUCUAGCCAAGCUGCUCAUUCCACUAUUCGGACAUCGAUUUCCGCGUAUCGGGUCAUUGUAUUUUGGGCCUGAUCCGCAUGCACCAGUGGGCACCAAUGACGCCACGCCCACGCUGACACGUGCAUCGUCGGUGCUAUCCGCGACGACACCCCGGGCGACGAUCGACCCGUACACGGCAUUCCCGUUCACCCCGACACUAACGCCUCUCGUGCCACCCGCGGCGAAGACGGCCGUAUUCCACGUAGGACCGAUCAUCUCGUGGCCGUUCUUUGGGAACCACCGCGGGGAUCUGCCGGCGUCGGACGUGCCGCGCGGCCCGUUCCCCACGACCCCGAGCUACAUCGCGGCCUGCGCACAGCGCGAGAUUCUCGGCGUGCAGCGCGAGAACGCAGGGACUGCGCCGGGGCAUCGGCUGCAUCUCGACCCUGCAGAGAUUCUCGCGUCGCGGCAUCAUGCGGUGCGGGCUGUGCCGGGCGACGAGUCUGACGACUCGGACGAGUGGGGGCUUGAGGAGAGCGAGGACGAGUGUGAGGGCCCCGGCGAUGCCAUGUAUCGCGAUUACCGGAGGCAGGCGAGGGGGCCGUUCCUCGUGAAGCACAUGCAGGCGCGUGAAGAUGCUGUGCGGAACGAGAUGGGGAGGUGGGAGAGCGUCAUGGGCCGAUUGGUGGAUGAAUGGGCCGGUAAGGACGGUGGGACGGAGAACUUUGCUCUUGAUGCACAUGAUCUGAGUCUGGAGAAUGUGUUUGUCAACGAAAACGAUCCCUGCGAAGUGACUUGCAUCAUCGACUGGGAGUCUACAACAACGCGCCCGCUCUGGGCUGCCGCCCACCUUCCAGCAUUUCUCCAGCCUUCGCCAUUCACCGCGAAGCUUUUCAGAGAAGCAGUCUCUCGGAUUGCGUCUGGGGCGCCGUCAUCAGUGUCCCCAUCCGCGACUCCAUCCGUGACAGUGUCGACGUCCACGCCCUCAGCAUCGGCAUCUUCCUCUCGGCUGGCCACUCUAGCUCAGCAAUGGCUCCACCAUGAGCAGUCGGGAAUGCGGCUUCGCAUGGCACACCGAGUUGCCGAGUGGGACGGGUGGGAGGAGGGGCUCGUCGAAAGCAUUCUCGGCCCGGAGGAGUGGCAGGACGAGUGGUUCCACGAGCAUGAGGAGUGGUUGGACGGACACGAGGAUCUGCACGAGCAUGACCAUGACAUCGCACAGGGUGCUGCGGACCCACACACAGCGAGCCAAAACGUCGACUUUGCCGACAGCAUGAGUCGGCGCCGCCGCCCGCCGCCCAUGAGAGACAGCCCAGCAUCAGCCACGUCCUCCGCCUCGGCAUCGUCCUCGCCCAUCUUCGCCGCCCCCUCCCCCUUCGCGUCCGCCGGAGCUUCAGCCAAGCCGCGGCCGAAGCCGAAACCAAAAUCGACGUUCCUGAAAGCAGCGCUGCAGACGAGCGGCGGGGGUGCGUCCGGCAGUGGGAGCAACCUGACCAAAAGCGCGUUCUCGGCGAUGAAGAACCCCGAGCGCGAGAAGGAGCAGAUGCUCGACCAUACGGGCGAUAUCUGUGGUGGUCGGGGUGGCGAGCUGGGGCGCAGGCUGGAGGCGUGGCUGGUCAUUGGUGCCCGCAAUGGUGAUGCGGUGGAGGAGGAGGAAGUCGAGGAGGAGGCGAUGGAGGAGCAUUGACCCAAAAUAGAAGUAAUUUAUUCCCUCUGGAUUUUGUACAUCUCAUUACCUGUCCGGGUUUUCACGUAGUCGGUAUGCAGUGGUCCGUUGCGCACCCACCCAUGCACUGCUCUUCGUCGUCAUCAUCGCUGCGCAACAGGAGAAUGAAGCCAAGAUUUCUGUUCGAGCUGUUGAUUGAAUACUUCAUUUGUUCGAACGGAAUUGUUAUAUAUGCCUAAAGUGGGAGUAGACUCGUAACCCUCGUCUGAAGGGGGAUUUCUUGAAUUUCGAAUUGAAAUCCUCGGCAAAGACCGAUCAAUGCAUCAAUAAUUGUGUCUACGACCACGGUCGACUCUACGACUCUUUAGUCGAAUUCUGAAUCGGUGGUUCAGAGCCGGUGGAUCUCAUAGCAUACUUAAGCUUGAUACUGAAUCGAGGCGCGUGGAGCUCGGCCGUGAACUACUCUAUGUACAGUAGGAUCCAGCGGCUCAUCCAUCUCCCAUUGCGACUGGUUGUGGGAAUCUAACACUAAAUGACAGGCACAGAUUGGUCGAUCGCAUUGGAGAGAAACUCUGGGGUCCGAAGUGCCUGUUCGCGUGACCCUUGCCUGCAUCGAUUCGAACUCCAAUCAAUAGUGUCUCUUGCAGAGAUCCAUGAUGACCCCGCCUUUUACACCCCUGAUCAUCGACGGCAAGGAGAGUCCCGCGAGCGACGACGCGACAUUCGACAUCGUGAAUGUCUCCACCGGCGAGAUCGUAGGCGUCUCGGCCUCUGCGUCGGGCGCGGACUGCACGGCCGCGGUCGAGGCUGCCGGCCGCGCAUUUCCGGCGUGGGAGCAGACCACGCCGUACUUCCGGCGCGACCUGUUCCUCCGGGCGGCCGACCUGCUCGGGACGGAGUCGUGGCGGGAGCGAAUCGUGCAGACGAAUGUGCAGGAGACGAACUGCACGGUGGGGUGGGUGGCGGGGAUGCUAGCGAAUGUGCAGGGCCUGCUGCGCACGGUCGCCUCGAUGGCGAACGAGCUCACGGGUAAGACUUUCAAGUCGGCGAUUGUGCCGGGGGCAGUGUGCGUCGUGGAGCAGCGGGCGAUGGGCGUCAUCUUUGGGAUCGCGACGUGGAAUGCCCCGUUCAAUUUGACUGUACGGGCGAUGGCCGUCCCGCUCAUGUGCGGCAAUACGGUCGUGAUCAAGUCGUCGGAAUUCAGCCCUCGGACGCAGGCGCUGGCUAUCCAGCUGUUCCAGGAAGCCGGGUUUCCCAGCGGUGUGGUCAACUUAAUUUCGACAUCUCGCGAGGCUGCACCCGAGCGGACUGCACAGAUCAUCGCCCAUCCACUCGUCCGGAAGAUCAAUUUCACCGGCAGCGAUCGGGUGGGACGCAUCAUCGCGGUAGAAGCAGCCAAGCAUCUCAAGCCAACCGUGCUUGAAUUGGGCGGCAAGGCACCGGCCGUGGUGAGUGUAUGCGUUUUUUUAGAGAUCAAUCUACAUGUGGACGUGUCCCACAGGUACUUGACGGCGCCAGCAUCUCUGAUGCAGCAGCCGCCAUCGUCACCGGAGCGAUGAUCCAUUCCGGUCAGGUUUGCAUGUCGACCGAGCGCGUCGUCGUCCAACGCAGUGUCUCCGAAGCUCUAAUCGCGGAAAUCAAGACCCUCGCAGGGAAGCUGUCCACCGCCGCUGACGCCUCCAAAGCACCACUCGGGCCACUCUUCGCGGAGUCGUCUGCAGAGAAUAUCAUCCAGCUGAUUUCCGACGCGGAGUCGGCGGGCGCGCAGGUUCUCCUCGGGGACCGCGCGCGAAGCGGCGCUGUCGUACAGCCCCACGUCUUGCUGGGUGUCAAACCCGGCAUGCGGCUGUGGGAACGUGAAUCCUUCGGGCCUGUGAUCUGUGUGGCGGUGGUUGAUUCCGUGGAAGAGGCCGUCGAGCUCGCGAAUGCAUCGGAGUAUAGCCUUGUCGCAUCGCUGUGGACGUCGGACAUGUACCUCGCGCAGCGGAUUGCGCCGAUGAUUCGGGCAGGGUCUGUCCACAUCAAUGGACCAACUAUCCACUCGGAACCGCUCGUCAGCUUGGUCGGACUUGGCGGCUCGUCGGGCUACGGACACUUUGGAAUCGAGGACUUCACCGACAAGCGGUUGAUCUCUACUCAUCCUUUGGGCCGACAGUAUCCCUUGCUCCAGUGAAAGCCGCAAUUAGCUGACUAAGAAUACGAACUGUCCCAGAUGUCAAAAAUCUAAUUCCGAGACCGGAAGUUUCAGUUUAGAAUCCUAUACCGGAUCGAAUUCAUGAUUUGUCGCCGAGAAUGAAAGCUUGGAUGAAGCUUGAAACAUUGACAGGGCUCGUUCUUUAUACUCCAUCAAGCGCAUCAAUGAUCCCGAAUUGAUGGUUGCGAUCAGGUCGUAAAUGGCAAUGAGGCCGCGCACGACGUUGCUGAGAGGUUUUGACGAUUUCGGGCCGCGAGUGCACCUCAGCCGUGAUAUUCUUUUGGUCACAAGUCUCUCUCCACGGCGGCCGGGGUCUGGUAAUGGGGUCUUUGUGGAGCCGAGGCGCGCCCAGUUGACCAAAGUGAUUGUCUAUUCCUGGGAUAGUUCAACAGGCGAUCAACCCACGCGGGAAGUGACAAAUGUGCGAACACGCCGAUCACCGAGACCAAGACAGGAGCUGUGCCGGACAACUUCACCUCCCUUGGCACUCGACCACGACCAUGAGCCGUCCUUUGCAGCUCCUGCUCUCCGCACUCCCGCGUCUGCCCGCCCUCGCCCGGCAGCACCCCAAGUCCCUGGCCGCCGGCGCCCUGCUCGCCGUCUACCUGUGUCUGGUGCGCGCGCUUCGCUGGCGGCGGUACAACGCGAUCCACCGCAAGUACGGAGCCAAGUUCGUACAGGACCGGAACAGCCUCACGCCGGGCGAGGCGCAGGAGAUCGUCAAGGUCGCGAUGUCGUACGACAUGCCCCUGCUGAUUGAGUACUCGCUGGCAUUUGCCCUGUUCAAGACGUACGCCAUUCCGACGAUAUCGAAGCUUCUGUGGGACACUCGACAGCUUUCGUCCGACGCCAACGUCGCGCGGCGCUACGCUGAUACGGAAAUUCUGAUCGGUCCGUCUGCGCAUGUCGAGGCUCAUGCGAAAUUGCUGACAUCAGGGCUGCCUGGGUAGCGACGUGGAUGCUGUGUCCUGUUUCUGCGGCGACCGCGAGCAAGGACCCGCGCGCCGCGCUGGCCAUCGCGCGCACGAACUGGCUGCACUCAAAGUACAAGAUCGCGAAUGACGAUUACCUGUAUACGCUGGGGCUGUUUAUGUUCGAACCUCCCCGAUGGGCGCGACUGUAUGGCUGGCGGGAGCUGUCUGCGAUGGAACAGCAGGCGAUCUUCAUCUUCUGGAAAGACAUCGGCGAAAAGCUGAACGUCCAGGAUAUACCAUCCACGCCGGAGGAGUUCAAGGCGUGGAUCGAGUCCUACGAGGAGCAGUACAUGGUCCCCGCGCAAUCGAACCACGACGUCGCGAACCACACCACGAACGAGCUUCUUUUCCGGGUCCCCCGCGCUUUUGGGCUCCACGCGUUUGCGGAAGGCCUGACACGGUCCAUCUUGGAAGAUCGGACGCGGAUCGCGAUGAUGCAGCCGGCGGCACCGGCGUAUGGGGCCUUUGUUUUGAAGGCGCUCAUGGGCGUCGUGGCUCUUGUUAACGAGCAUCUGCUCCUUCCCCGGCGCAAGCUCGCAUCGAUCAUCCCAUAUGAGCUCCCGGAGGCGAUGUCCAAGGAUCCCAAGUCCGCGCCCCGGUUUCAUACAUCCAAAUGGACCUCGAAGCCGUGGUACAAACCCGAACGCGGUGGAAUAUACCGCCUGUUCGAUACGUUCCAGCUGUGGGUGGGCUGGCACUCGGAUGUUCCCCGGCCUGAGCUCAAGAGCGCGGGAUAUCUCAUCCAUCAGCUCGGGCCCGUCCGAUAUGAAGCAGACGGUCGCGAAGCAGUCUUCAAAGAUGCUGAGCGGAUUCAGGGCUGCCCUGUGGCUGAUGUGUGGAAAUCGGGGUGACUGGGCAAGUAGCAAGUUAAUUCAGCGGAAUUUAUUUAUUGGCUGGAUUUGUACGGUAUUUAUCCUGACUCACGCCAGUGUGGGAUCAGAUCUGGAAUGAACUUCUCUUUCGUGAUUA